AUGCCUGCCAUUGACCAGCUCGAGUCCUUCAAGCGCACUUCACCCCUCUAUCGAUCCUCCAUCAGCCCCUCCCGCGCCGAUGAAGCCCUGGUAGUUUUUGUUCUGGGCGGGCCGGGAGCAGGCAAAGGAACGCAAUGCGCGAACCUCGUUCGUGAUUUUGGCUUCAAACACCUCUCCGCGGGCGAUCUGCUGCGAGCAGAGCAGGAUCGCCCUGGCUCUGACUUUGGAGACAUGAUCAAGACAUAUAUCAAAGAAGGACAAAUUGUGCCCCAAGAAGUGACGAUUCAACUGCUCGAGAACGCGAUCAAGCAGACGAUUGACGAGAGCGGGAAUAGGAAGUUUUUGAUCGAUGGUUUCCCCAGGAAGAUGGACCAGGCGAUCAAGUUUCAGGAGAUUGUGGUACCUUCUGCUUUUACGCUCUUUUUCGAUUGCCCCGAGGAGACGAUGAGGAAGCGACUCCUGCAUCGCGGAGAGACGAGUGGCCGGGCCGAUGACAAUGAAGAGUCGAUCAAGAAGAGAUUCCGGACGUUUGUGGAGACGAGUAUGCCUGUAGUGGAGCACUUUGAAAAGGAGGGCAAGGUGGUCAAGGUGGACGCGACGCCUGCGCCGGAACAGGUCUAUCAAAACGUCAAAGCGCAGUUUGAGAAGAGGGGCGUCACACUUCUUGUCACGAAGACGCAGGAGCAGAGUGCAAAGGAUGGAGAUGCUGCGGGUAAGAGUGUGCAGGACUAG